AGAAAUUUAGAGCAAUUCUUAUACAAUAUAACACGCGGUUGAAGGUCCUGGUGGCCCUAGUAUAUGGUUUCAUCCUUACUGGUUUCUGGAUUACCAAUUAAUCUUUACCCGCCACCCAUCCAGCAGAAAGGCAAGUCAGCCACCGCGCUGCUUAGUCGUUUGGACGUGCCUUCUUACUCCUCCUCCACCCCCCCCCUCUCUCUCUCUCCAUUGGCUGUGUAUAGUAGACGGCGUAAGUGGAAUUCGAGCCCUUCCUUCCAGUCUUUUCGAUCGGCAUCAAGAUACUGUUUCUUGGACUCUAAUUAUUCGAGGUUAGAUUGUUCUGGGACAAUAAAAGACAAGUAUAUAAAAGAGUGGGGCAGUAUAUAUCAUGACAACGGCGGAUAAAUACAAUGUCGAAGCAGCUGAGCUUCUUGCUAACGAGGCAUCGCAUUUGCCAAUUUCGGAGGCUGUGCCGGUAUAUGAGCAACUUUUGGCUACUUUUCCUACUGCAGCAAAAUACUGGAAGCAGUAUGUUGAGGCUCACAUGGCUGUAAAUAAUGAUGAUGCCGUAAAACAUAUUUUCAGUCGCUGCCUGUUGAACUGCCUACACAUUCCUCUUUGGCGCUGCUACAUCCGCUUUAUUAGGAAGGUUAAUGACAAGAAGGGGAUAGAAGGUCAGGAAGAGACUAGGAAAGCAUUUGAUUUCAUGCUUAACUAUGUCGGGGCAGACAUCGCAUCUGGUCCUGUGUGGAUGGAGCACACUGCAUUCUUAAAGUCCUUGCCGACUCAAAAUUUGGCAGAAGAAACACAAAGGAUGACUUCUGUAAGAAAAGCAUAUCAAAAAGCCAUUAUUACACCUACCCAUCACAUUGAGCAACUCUGGAGGGAGUAUGAAAAUUUUGAAAACUCAGUUAGCCGUGCCCUGGCAAAAGGAUUGUUGUCUGAAUAUCAGCCAAAAUAUAACAGUGCAAGGGCUGUUUACAGGGAGAGGAAAAAGUUUGCCGAUGAAAUUGAUUGGAAUAUGCUUGCUGUGCCACCAUCUGGUACUUCCAAGGAAGAAAUGCAGUGGAUAGCAUGGAAAAGGUUCUUAGCCUUUGAAAAAGGAAAUCCCCAGAGGAUAGAUAGCGCUUCUGCUAAUAAACGUAUUGCAUUCACAUACGAACAGUGCCUCAUGUAUUUAUACCACUAUCCUGACAUAUGGUAUGAUUAUGCCACGUGGCAUGCAAAAAGUGGCUCUGUAGACUCUGCAAUCAAAAUUUUCCAGCGAGCUUUGAAGGCUUUACCUGAUUCAGAAAUGCUAAAAUAUGCGUAUGCAGAGCUGGAAGAAUCCCGUGGCUCGAUUCAGGCGUCAAAGAAAGUAUAUGAAAGUCUUCUUGGUGAUGAUGGCAAUGCUACUGCUCUUUCACAUAUACAGUUUAUCCGCUUUCUAAGAAGAACAGAAGGGGUAGAAGCAGCACGUAAAUACUUUAUGGAUGCACGGAAAUCUCCUAACUGCACUUACCAUGUUUAUGUAGCUUAUGCGAUGAUGGCAUUUUGUCUUGACAAGGAUGCAAAGUUUGCACACAAUAUUUUUGAAGCGGGGCUGAAACGAUUCAUGCAUGAGCCAUCAUAUAUCCUUGAAUAUGCAGAUUUUCUAUCCCGCUUGAAUGAUGAUAGAAAUAUUCGGGCAUUAUUUGAGCGAGCAUUAAGCUCACUCCCACCUGAGGAAUCAGUUGAGAUCUGGAAAAGAUUUACUCAAUUUGAACAAACAUAUGGAGAUCUUUCUAGUAUUUUGAAGGUUGAGCAACGAAGGAAAGAGGCACUGUCAAGGGCUGGUGAUGAGGGAGAAUCUGCUUUGGAUAGUUCAUUGCAAGAUGUUAUAUCACGCUAUAGUUUCAUGGACCUGUGGCCUUGCUCUUCCAAGGAUAUGGAUCAUUUGACUAGGCAGGAGUGGCUUUCAAAAAACAUCAGUAAGAAGAUUGAGAAACCAACUCCUGCCAAUGGUGUCAGUUCUGUAGAUAAGAGUUCUUCAGCAGUUUCUACCACUUCAAAUUCUGUAAAAGUUGUUUACCCAGAUACUUCAAAGAUGGUGGUUUAUGAUCCAAGGCAAAAGAUUGGUCUCACGGGUCCUUUACAGCCUGGAGUUCCAGUCGCUUUACCUCCUAAUGAUACAAUGGGUGCUGCUGGAGCACCUAAUGUACUGAAAGAUAUUUUGAAAACCUUACCACCUGCAUUGGCAACUUUUGUAGCAAACCUGCCAGCUGUUGAAGGUCCAUCUCCUGACGUUGAUUUUGUUCUAGCGAUAUGUCUGCAAAGCAACAUACCACUAAUGCCCGUAAGAGCAGCAAACUCUACACAACUGCAAACUGGUCCUGCUCCAAGCACAAGUGACCUAUCUGGUUCAUCAAAAUUCAAGCCAACAAGAGAUAGACAUGCUGGAAAGAGAAAGGACGUAGACAAACAAGAUGAUGAGGACAGUACAACAGUUCAAAGCCAACCUCUUCCAAGAGAUGCUUUUAAAUUACGGCAAUUACGAAAGGCUCGUGGUGCCAGUUCACAAACUGGAUCGGCAUCUUAUGGGAGUGCAUUUUCUGGGGAGAUGUCUGGAAGCACCGGUUGAUUUGCUUUUAUCUGUUCUUUAGUAUUUUCCUUUUUUUUUUUCCCCAUUUCUUCUGUAAAUAACCCCGUAGCCUUUGUAACAUUUAUCCUUCACCAUUCUUGUGACAUAUCCAAUUUUGAGAGAGAGAGAGAGGAGGGGAGAUUUUACGGUGUAAGAGGGCAAUCAGAUUGACUUGUUCUCCUGUGAGCAAGCAGUGCAAUAAAAUGAGAUGAUCAUUUGUUCA